AUUCAACGUGUUAAAUGGAGUACACUCUUAUCUGCUGUCUUAAAAACAAAAUUAUGCAAGUUUUACAUCCAAUUUCAUUUCAACAAGUUUAAUCAAACGCUUUUAACCGACACUGAGAUCUCAAGAUAUUAGAACGUUUGGAAUGUAUUGCUUGUAUAAAUGCGUUUGUGACUAGCACAGUAAGGGUUCGUAAAAUGGAAUUAUUUUGAAAAAAAAAACAUGAAAUAAAGAUCUGCAGUGUAAAGAUUACAGGAAUCAGUCAUGGCUAUCCGUGAACAACAUAUGCUUGCAAGAUUGGUUCUUCGAUUGGCAUUGUUUCACCUCACGAUCAAACACGUUGUGGUAUCAGCACACACAUCAUGUCCACAAAACUCAUUUCGAACCUGUAACUGCGAGUGUUAUGAAAAUACGACGCAUCUAUUUAUAAUUGAUUGUUCAUCAGAGUCAUUUAAUGAGGUACCAACAUUUGGCAACGUUUCACUCAGUGUCAUCAUAAAGCUUAAUCUCGCCAACAACAGUCUUUCGCGCUUAACCGCGAUUUCUGCAUCUCCAUUUGCAGGAUUCAUCAAAUUCAUCAAUUUGAAGACAUUGGAUUUGAGUUACUCAUCUAUAUCAAUGAACGGAUCGAAAGGAUCUGUAAUCAAUGUUACGACAUUCGCAGGACUCGAUUCUCUAGAGGAACUUGACGUUUCAAACAACCACAACCUGCCUUUCACAAAUUUGACAGAUCCAAACCUCUUCAAUAACUUGACAUCUCUGAAAAUAUUAAAAAUGUAUGGAACCACAAAUGUAUCGCAUGCAACAGAGGGCUAUCCGAAUAAGCUGUGGUCUAAUGUGCCCCCACUAGAAGAAAUCUGGAUAGAUGGACUACCAUUUGAAGUGUUUGGAGAAGAGUUUAAACGAAUGCCAAACUUGAAAAAUAUCCGCAUUUCUGGCGAUUUAAUAGAUCUACUGUGGCUGGCUCAUAAAUAUUGUCAUAUCGAACAUAUUAGCAAUGAGAUGCUUACAAAUUUGGAACAUGUCUCAAACCUUUCCAUAGUUCAUAGCAAUGUCCAUUCAAUUUCCGAGCUGGCAUUUAAUGGCGUCAAAAAUCUAAACGUUUUGGACCUUUCGUGUAAUUUAGAAUUAGGAUUUGGCAAUGCGUCAAGGGGUUUUGGUCACCUAAAUAGCGGCCUAAAAAUGCUCGCAUUAAACAAUAUUGAAAGACGAUAUUAUGUAAUUAUUAAUGAUAGUUUCGUAAGGAGCCUGCGCAAUACAUCUCUUACUCAUCUAUACAUAGAAAGCAAUAUUUUCAGGUUUGAUGAGAACGCUUUUAUCAAUUUACCAAUUAGUUUAAAGAAGUUGUAUGCUCGCAACAAUAGAUUUGAUCUUGAUUAUUACCUUACGCGAAUGAAAGACUUAACUAAUUUGGAAUUAUUAGACCUCUCAUUAAACAAACUUACGUUUUUUAACAAUGACACAAACCAUGAACAAAAAUUUUGUUCAUCGGGUUAAACUGAAAUACCAAGGAGAGGAAACAGUCGACUUUUCACGAACGAAAUCAAAAAUGCAGCUUUCCGCAUAGCAGGCUGCAUAAAUGAAGUUCAGGUCGAGAUACCGGCUGUUUUGCCACCUAAACUUGAAUCACAUAAUGUUCAUUCUAGUAACAUGGGCUUAGCAUUAUACGGAUACAUGUCAAAAAUAAUUCGUUAAAAACUGUUUAUGCCUCAAACUCUUUAUUGAACAGUUGGCCGAAUCCUUUUCCUGAGUCUAUAUCCCUUAAACAUCUUAAAUUGAGUUCCAAUCUUUGUUCCGAUGUUCAUCUAGAUAUACUUAAAGGCCUUCCUUCUCUUGAGUUGCUAGACCUGUCUGGAAAUUAUCUUAGCUUUGCCAUGACAAAUUAUGGUGAUUUAUUUGAAAACAAUAUGCAGCUAAAACAUCUCGAUAUAUGAAGAAAUGAACUUAAGGCAUUAAAUAAUACUCUUUUUAAAAAUCAGAUCAAUAUGACGUUCUUGAACCUGUCACAAAACAAACUUAAAUCGUUCACCAUUUAUGCAGAGAACUUAACAAAACUUGAAGUGAUAAAUCUUUCACAAAAUUGCUUUUUGACUUUAACGGAUUUUAAACAGAUUUACACGUUUUUAAAAACCAUGUUGAAAACAGAAACGAAACUGUUGUUGAUCUGAGAAACAAUAAUAUUCUAUGUUCAUGUAACGCUGAUGACGUGGCAUUAAUGAAAAGCCUGGCUGAAGACUUCCGAAGUCAGCGGUAUUUACUACAGUUAACAUGCAAUGAAAAAGAAGUAAACAAUGAAACAGGUUUUGAAUCAUUCAAAAACAAUUUUGAUAACAAGCGUAGAAUCCAAGUCUAUACAUCUCUGAUUGUAGUUGGUGUGAUAAUGACCGUGAGUAGUUUGUUAACCAUAAUUGUCGCUAGGUUGGUGUAUAAAUUGCAAUUGAAAAUAAAAUACUGCUUUUACGUUCGAAAUAGCAAACGGCGUAUGCGAAAUGGAUAUACCGUCAUUCAAAAUUAAAAUGAUUGGUCGGUAUAAAUAUCACGUAUAUUUGGCGUAUUCUUACGAGGGACAGGAAUUCAUCGCGGACAAUGUCUUACCCAAACUGAGUGAACUCGGGUACAAAGUGUUCAGUCAAGAAGACAUUAUUCCUGGUUUAAACCUUUGUAGUGUUAUUAGAAAAGCUAUCCACGUCAGCAGAUGUGUUUUGUUUGUUGUAAGUUCAGGUUGCGAGGACUCUAAUGAAUGGUGUAUUGCGGUCCAUAUGGCAAACGAAGAAGCAAUCCAGAGAAGGAAACACAUCACGUUGGAACUAUUAUAUGAUUAUAACUGUUUGGAUGGGAUACCGGGUGCAGACAAGUUAAUACACCAAAACUAUUUCAUGGAAUUUCCUCGUCAUGGCAGUGACCAUGAGGUAACCGCGUUCUGGACUGACUUUGAACAUAAACUGAUUUCUAUUGAUAACUCUGCGAUAGAAACAUCAAUGACUUUUCUAGCAACGAAUACUGAACGCUCCUAAAGCAAUUGUCUUCAUGUGAUUAUAUUACAAAUAUAAGACAUCGCUUGGAAUUUACAAUACGUGUAAACAUUUGCGACGCUGUUAUCAUAUAGUGUCUAUACAUGUUAGGGCCAAAAGCGUGUGAAAUACUUCAUUGGUGUAUAAUGCGUGACACGUGUAAUGAGAUCACCCCUUAUAUAUUGGUCGACCAAUAGCCGAAGAGGACCAAUAACCUUAAACUUGUUAAAUUAAUUAAAAUUCGAUCGAUCGUGGAUAAAAUGUGUUGCAGAAAACAUAUAAUAAAAUAUAUUAAUAUUUCCAGUUGUAUGUAUAUAUAAAUAUAUAUACUCGUAUAUACAUUUAAUAUUUACAUUUACCUGAUCUUCAACGAUUGUAUAUUCGUGUACAUUAUUGAUUACUUGUGUGUGCUUAAUAUUGUUUGUUGCCUAAAACUGUAUAUAUUUUUAAUAAACGUCCCUAACACUA